UGAGAAUAUUUUCGUAGCUAAGGGCAAAACUAAGCUAUGAGCAUCCCUUCAAGCUUUCUGUAUUUGUUGAUCCUUCUUUUGUUUUGCCUCUCGUGUGGAUAUUCCCUUCAUGGAGAUAAGAACGAAAAGCCAAGUGUUGACGUUGUUUCAUAUGCGAAGGUACAUGUUGGUGAUGGUGAUGCAUUGAAGAAGAUGCAAUUACAAGGAAGAAGUGGAGAAGAGUUUAGUAAGGAGACGACAAAGAUGAAGAUGAAUCCGAAGAAGCCAAUAGAGAAGGAGACGGGUGUUGAGGAAGAGGAUGAUCUCGUCGCCUACACUGCUGAUUACUGGAAACCAAGGCACCAUCCUCCCAAGAACAACUGAUCACUUCUUUUUCAAAAAAAAAAAAAAAAGAACGACUGAUCAGAUAUAUCUUACGUUUAUAUAAAAGUCCCAACAAAACUCUCCUUAUUAUAUAUUAAUCAAAUAUCAGUAUAAGAUAUUAUACAUACUUAUAUAUGAGUAAUUUGUAAUUUUGUGAGCUUUUUGUUUGUAAUGUUGUUUUAUUUAUAUAUAUAGAAAUGUGGUAUGUAUAACCAAGUGGUGUUAUCUCAAUGGUUUCAUUUUGUCGCUGAUGGAUGUUGUAAACCGUGCUUGUAGUAAAGACAUGAUGAUCGAAAUUUUUCAGUUUGU